CGUAGUGCGUCUCUGCGUCGCCGGUAGAGGAGGCAUUGGCGCAACGCACUACUGCUGCUGUCUCCGCCUCUGCUGAUACAGACACCGGCUGUCCUGCUGAAACGGGACACGCACGAACCGACACGGUCCGGUAACCGCCUCAUUUGACGAGAGUCCGUCUCACCCUCCGGGCUGCACAUUCAGCACAGUCAGCACAUCCACAAUGAUCAAGAACGGGCAUCACCACAACCACCACCAAGUGAACACAGCAGCCGGGAAAGACGCAGGCACGACCCCCGGCGCUGCAGCUUGCAGUCCGGAGAAGAGAAGGCGAAGAAUCCGGGUGUGGUGCGAUGGCUGCUAUGACAUGGUACAUUACGGCCACUCCAACCAGCUGCGGCAGGCCAAGGCCAUGGGAGAUUACCUCAUUGUUGGAGUACACACAGACAGUGAGAUUUCAAAGCACAAGGGUCCACCAGUCUUCACUCAGGAAGAAAGAUAUAAGAUGGUGCGGGCCAUAAAAUGGGUGGACGAGGUCGUGGAAGGAGCUCCUUAUGUCACCACCCUCGAGACCCUCGACAAGUACAACUGUGACUUCUGUGUGCACGGAGAUGAUAUAACAUUAACUGUGGAUGGAAAAGAUACAUAUGAAGAGGUGAAGAAGUCAGGACGGUACAGGGAGUGCAAGCGAACCCAGGGAGUUUCAACAACAGACUUAGUUGGCAGGAUGCUGCUGAUGACCAAAGCCCACCACAGCAACAUUGACAGUUCAGACUAUCAGGAGCACACAGACAACUUUGGAAAAAAGGGCCAUAGUCCCUGGACAGGGGUGUCCCAAUUCCUUCAGACAUCUCAGAAAAUCAUCCAGUUUGCCUCAGGCCAGGAGCCUCAACCUGGAGACACUAUAAUCUAUGUGGCGGGAGCCUUUGAUCUCUUCCACAUUGGCCAUGUGGACUUUCUGGAAGCUGUGCAUAAGCUUGCAGAAAAGCCUUACAUUAUAGUGGGGCUACACUUUGAUCAGGAGGUGAAUCGCUACAAAGGGAAAAACUACCCCAUCAUGAAUGUCCACGAGAGGACUCUCAGCGUCCUGGCUUGUCGAUAUGUGUCAGAAGUGGUGAUCGGUGCACCGUUUGCUGUCACGAAAGAUUUGCUGGAUCAUUUUAAGGUGGAUCUCGUUUGCCAUGGAAAGACAGAAAUAUAUCCCGACAAAGAUGGAUCUGACCCUUAUGCUGAGCCCAGAAGAAAAGGAAUCCUGCGCACUGUUGACAGUGGGAACAGCCUCACUACGGACGCCAUCGUGCAAAGGAUAAUCAAAAACAGGUUGCUAUUUGAGGCGAGGAACCAGAAGAAAGAGGCCAAAGAGAUUGCAGUGAUCCAAGCCAUGAAGCGACAAGAGGAGGAAAAGACUAAAGAAAGAGCACAGGCUGUGCUGUAGGCACCUCCAGCUAACAGUGACAUAUUCAACUAAUAUAAACUCAUGUACAUUAUAAUGUGCUAUGACACCCUCCACACGUGAUCCUGGCUAACAUCAGUAGUCUUUACAGCAGCCCCUUCUUUAACGAGGGUGGCGUAACCUGCUGUGGGAUCAUCAGGUAUUAAUAUAGUGUGUUACGAGGGUUUGUUAACAUGUUCUGCAUAUGCAAUUAUAUGUUUGUGUCAGUCAACAAUCGCACAUGCAAAUGACAAGAUAUAUUCAAAGUUUGGAGGAAGAUGUCACUAUAUAUUCAAAUGUCUAUUUUAUGUCAUUUUUAAUUCUCAAAAUACUUUUUUCCUAUUUAAAAAAAAGGCAUUUUAUCUUAUUUCUUGGGCAUAUGCAGUGUGAGAUCUUGCGCUGUCUUGCGAUGUGAUUUGAUUUGUCAUUUCAGCGGGGCUGAUGCUGCUGUUUAGCCCAGCAAUGGGCUAGCCCCACAACUAAUCUAUUACACUGUGUGUGUCUGUGUGUAUUAUAAAGUGACUGCAGGCUCAUGGAGGACGCUGAAAAACCCUGGAGAAUCAGGGGAUAAAUCUCAUUGCUUCUCUUUUCUGUACAUACCAGAUUCUGUUUCAGACAACACUGACUACUCCGGAAAUUAAAGAAACAUUUUUAAUUUAGUUUUUUGUUCCUUUUCUUUUUUAAAACUUAAAAAAUGCACAUAAUUGAGAUCUGAACUGAACAUCUGGACUUUUGAGUGCAGUAGCUCUUUUUUUAACCAACACGCCACACAUUUAUUCUAAUAUACUGUUUAAACCUUUAGCUUUCACAGUAUAACUAGAAGACUAGGGCAGAUGCUCAGAGUUGUUGAGUUGAUCGUGCAGUCUCAAUUUAACGUCUGUCUCUAUAUCAAACAGGAUUAAAUUAUAUAUUUUUUUGUAGAUGUAUAUUUUACUCACCUCCUCUCCAUUAAUUACUGUAUAGAUGUUUUCGCAUCGUUUCAGAAACAUAAUGAUAUGUCUGUAUGUGUGUUUGGAAUGUAUUAAGUAUAGGCUAUAAUCUGUAUGUUACAUAUGCUGCAGAACCGAUUAGGCUGCAGUAU